GAGAAGAAACGUCAGAAGCGUGGCUUGGAACUGAUCGCAAGUGAGAAUUUCACAACGAAGGCUGUUUAUGAUGCACUCGGAUCUGCAAUGUCAAAUAAAUAUUCAGAAGGUUAUCCCGGUGCUAGGUAUAGGCUUUCAAUUGUACAUUUCAGCUGUUUCAACGUUUUUCUCAAUACGCUGUAA